CAUAGGGCCAACGAAUUCAAUGCAGGCAAGCUUCGUAAUAGAUCUUGGGAACAAAUCCAAAAUACCUAUCAUCUCCUUCUCCACAACAAGUCCUGACCUUGCUUCCGUCCGGACCCCAUACUUUUUCCAAGCAACCAUAAAUGACUCAUCUCAAGUCAAAGCCAUCAGCGCCAUUGUCCAUGCCUUCAGAUGGACGCAAGUUGUGCCCAUAUAUGUAGAUAAUGAGUUUGGAAAAGGGAUUAUACCGUAUUUAUACGAAGCCUUGGAAGAGGUUGAUGCACGGAUUCCAUACAGGAGUGUUAUCUCUCCUGGGGCCACCAAUGAAGAAAUUGAAAUAGAGUUGUAUAAGGUAAUGACAUUGCAAAUUAGAGUCUUCAUUGUUCAUAUGGCCCCAGAUCUUGGAUCUCGAGUUUUUCACAUAGCAAAAGAGAUUGGAAUGAUGGGUGAAGGAUGUGUUUGGAUAAUAACUAAUGGGAUGACUAAUCUUUGGAGUUUGAUUGAUCUUUUCGAUAUGGAUUCCAUGCAGGGUGUAUUAGGUUUAAGGAAUUAUGUUCCGAGAUCAAAAGAGUUAAAAAGAUUUGAGAAACGAUGGAAAAAGAAAUUUCUGCAAGAUAAUCCUGAUAUGGUGAAUGCUAAAUUGGACAUUUUUGGAUUUUGGGCUUAUGAUGCUACAUUUGCACUUGCUAUGGCUGUAGAGGAGGUAUUUGGCACUACAAAUUUCAACUUGGAUGCAUCAAAUGUUUCUCAAAAUGGUCCCAAACUCAUUCAGGCUUUGUCAAGGACAAGAUUUAGAGGUCUUAGUGGAGAUUUUGGCUUUAUUAAUGGGCAACUUGAGUCCUCUGUUUUCCAAAUUGUUAACUUUAUUGGAAAUGGUGAAAAUGGGAUUGGGUUCUGGACGCCAAACUAUGGACUUGUUAAAAGACUAGAUGUCACUAAUGUAACAAGGUAUUCCGUUUCCAAAGCCAAUCUUGGAUCCAUCAUAUGGCCAGGGGAUCACCAGUCCAUUCCCAAAGGUUGGGAGAUUCCAAUAAGGGGAAAGAGGUUAAAGAUUGGCGUGCCGGUGAAGACGGGAUAUACUGAAUUCGUUAAGGUAACAACGGAUCAGAGUACUAAUUCAACUACAUUCACCGGAUAUUGCAUAGAGGUCUUCAAAGCUGUCGUGAAGGAAAUGCCAUACCCUAUCCCCUUCGAUUUCCACCCCAUUAAAAUAGACGAGGAUGAAAGUUAUAACAAUCUAAUCGAUGAAGUCGUUUAUGGGAAAUAUGAUGCGGUGGUGGGAGACAUUUCUAUUGUGGCAAACAGAUCAUUGUUCGUUGAAUUCACAUUACCAUUUAUGGAAUCCGGUGUGGUGAUUGUGGUGCCCAUGAGAAACGAUGUAAAUAAGAAUGCAUGGGUGUUUCUGAAGCCUUUAUCACAGGAUCUCUGGAUCACUAGCAUUUGCUUCUUUGCCUUCAUGGCAUUUGUUAUCUGGAUUCUUGAGCACAGAAUCAAUGAAGAUUUUCGUGGACCACCAUUGCAUCAUGUUGGAACUAGCUUUUGGUUCUCCUUUUCAACAAUGGUUUUUUCCCACAGGGAGAGGGUGUUAAGCAAUCCAGCGAGGAUUGUGGUGGUGAUAUGGUGCAUUGUGGUAUUCAUUCUGACCCAGAGCUACACAGCAAGUUUAACUUCUCUUUUGACAGUUCAACAGCUACAACCAACUGUGACAGACGUAAAUGAGCUGUUGAGGAAAAAGGAGAAUGUUGGGUACCAGGUUGGCUCCUUUGUUCAAGAAAUCGUCCAAGAGUUGAAAUUUGAUCCAUCCCAGAUUAAGACAUUUAAUUCAAUAGAACAUCUUGAAGAACUUUUUACUAAGGGAAGUGCCAAUGGGGGUAUCGCUGCUGCAAUUGACGAAGUCCCCUGCUUGAAGUUGUUUCUUGCACAACAUUGCAAUAAAUACACCACCUUGACGACGCCAACUUUUAAGUCCGGUGGCUUUGGAUUUGUCUUUCCAAAAGGUUCCCCUCUUGCAGCCGAUGUUUCGAGAGCAAUCCUAAAGGUCAUCGAAAGUAAUAGAACGUCGAAAAUUGAGAACCCACUGAAUAAUGAAACUAUAUGUUCAAGCACCUUAGGUUCAGCAAAUAGUCUAAGUCUUAGAAGCUUUUGGGGCCUCUUCCUCAUUGCCGGGGUGGCCGGAGUUUUAGCUCUUAUAUACUUUGUAGCUGCGUUUCUGUAUGGGCAAAGGGAUGUCUUGUGCAAGCACGACACAGGAAUUUCAGUGUGGAAAAGAAUCCUUCAAGUAUUACGAAACUUUGACCAAAGAGACCUAACCUCGCAUGCCUUUGGCAACAUGAAUUAAGAGCUGAAGACGUCACUGAAAUCAGUCGAAAUUAAAGGUGCUGUUGAGAGAACCCGUUAUAGCUCUUGUUGAGGCCCUUGCUGAAGACCCUAACAAUAUAAGUGCCUUAGCAGCAUCUAUAGAAAUAGAUAUUCAUCGUGCUAACACAAACAGCUCGUGAAAAAGUAGUGGACAAUGCUAUUUCUGUUUAUAGAUACUAAGGGAUUUGGAGAAAAAACUUUCUGUUUAAAG